ACGUUAAUGUACCCAAAUGACGCUCACUGUGCGACGGUGAGAAGUUGAAAGACCCCACAGUGACUAACCUUGUAGAUGCCAAACGCUGAGUAUUACUACAGACAGAGACGUUUGAUUUUUUUCGCUGAAACUGCGUAUUAUUUGGUGGUAGUAACGAUAUUUACACAUCAAACAGAUGUCGUGUUUUGGUGGGGAUCCCAACUUCUGCCCAGAAUGUGGGAAUGUUGUUCCUCUCCCAGGAAUACAGGACACAAUCCGUUGCCCCCGCUGCUCCUUCUGCAUCCCUGUGGCAGAGUUUUCAGGUCAGGAAAUCCACUCUACAGUAAUCUUUAACCCUGUGGAGCAGUCGGCACUGGCUCUGGAGGACGAGGAGAACUCUGAACUGAAGGGACCUGUGAUUGACAGACGCUGCUCUCGUUGCAAUAAAGAGGGCAUGGUUUACCACACCAGGCAGAUGAGAUCUGCAGAUGAAGGACAGACUGUCUUCUUCACCUGUAUACACUGCAGGUACCAAGAGAAGGAGGACUCCUGAGAGGAAAUCUGCUUCACCUUCCCUACUCCUCUCCAUGUCUGCUAGUAUUGGUGUCAGAUGAUUGCAUGCUUUCUCAAGACAUGGAUUGUAAAUAUAAGUCUGAAGAAGCAAAUAGCAAAAUGGGAAUUUACCACUGGUUUAUCUAAUGAGGCUGUGCACUGCAGAGCAUUUCAGUGACUGUUCUUUCCUGACUUAUUAGCAUUCACUUUUUGAAUAAAGUUUGAAUAAAUAA